AUGGUUUACGCUAACACUGGCAGCAUGAGAUGCUUUGAGUGUGGGGAUAUAAAUCAUAAACGGAUUGCGUGCCCUCAUAAGGCCCAGGAUAGACAGGAAGAGACAUCUGAACACAGUGCUGCUGCUGAGGAUGUUCAGGAACAAAAUGAGCAUGUUCAGAGGUUGACUGUACUUGGCCCCUCUGGUCCUCUGGUUGUUCCUCUGGGAUCCUCCGUGGUUUUGCCUUGUUCUGUUGAUGAACUUUUAUCAGUGAAGGAUCUGGAAGUGGAAUGGAGAAGAACAGACUCUGAGACUUUAGUUCAUCUGUAUCAGGACGGUGAGAGUCGAACAGAAUCCCAGAAGCAGGAUUAUCAGGAUAGAGCUCAUUUCUUCACUGAUCAGAUUCAACAUGGAAACUUCUCCCUCCGUCUGGACAAUCUGAGAGCUGAAGAUGAGGGACAGUAUAAAUGUAAAGUUUACAUUCAGCAAGAGUCUGGUGAGACUGUGGUUCAGAUAAAAGUUAAUGCUGAGCGUUUGCUAGUAUCAGGAUCGAGUCGCUCCAUAUCUGCAUCUGUGGGUGAAGACGUCACUCUGAACUGCUCUGUAGACUCUCACAUCCCACCUGGAGACCUUGAAGAGGUUACAUGGACUAAAACAGAUGAAGAUAUUCAGGUUCUGCUCUACCAAGACAAUGAGGCACAUUCAUCAAAUGAGCGAUACAGAGACAGAGUUGAGCUCUUCCCUGCUGAAAUCCCCAAAGGAAACUUCUCUCUCAGACUAAAGAGCGUCAGAACUGAGGAUAAAGGAGUUUACAUGUGUCAGGUGUUUGCUGGAGGACUCUCAGCCAAUGCAACUGUAGUACUGGAGAGACUGGGUUUCUCUGCUUCACACAUAAUGAUCCUGAUUUUCUGUAUCUCUGCGUCUGGAUCUGCACUUCUGCUCUUCUACCUGAUCUACUGCAAAUCUCCUACUAAAGGUUUAUUUGGCCGGCAAACAUAUGACCAUUAUUUUAAUCUGGGAUCUUCAGUGGUUUUGCCCUGUCAUGUUGAUGAAUGCUUAUUAAAGAAAACAUUGAAGGUGGAAUGGAGAAGAAAAGACACAAAAACUCUGGUUCAUCUGUAUGAAGAUGGUGCGAGUCGAUCAGAGAAACAGCACAAAGAUUAUCAGGAUAGAGCUCAUUUCUUUACUGACGAUGUUCAUCGUGGAAACUUCUCCCUCCGUCUGGACAAUCUGAGAGCUGCAGAUGCUGGAGAAUACAUAUGUACAGUUCACAGUGACCUUUCUACACUGACUAGAUCAGCAGAGACCAGUUUAAAGCCACAAUUCAAAGUGAAAGGUUCCUCUGAUGAUGAGACGAUUCCUCUUGGAGGGUCAGUGGUUUUGUCCUGUCAGGUUGAUGAAAGCUUGAUACAGAGAAGUCUGAAGGUGGAAUGGAGAAGAGCAGACUCUGAGACUCUGGUUCAUCUGUAUGAAGACGGUGAGAGUCGACCGAAGAAACAGCACAAAGAUUAUCAUCACAGAGCUCAUUUCAUUACUGAGAAGAUUAAAGAGGGAAACUUCUCCAUCCGUCUAGAAAAACUGAGAGCAGAAGAUGCUGGAAAAUACACAUGUAAAGUUUACAUUGACCAGGAUUGUGUGCAUUCAGCCGACAGAGAGCUCGAGAUACUGAGGUUUAAUGUUCAGUGCCACACACUUGCUCCUCUGGGAUCUUCAGUGGUUUUGCCCUCUUAUAAAUAUAAACCUUUAUCAGUGGAGGGUCUGAAAGUGGAAUGGAGAAGAAAAGACACUCUGGUUCAUCUGUAUCAGGACGGAGAGAGUCGAGCAGAGGAACAAGAUGAAGAUUAUCAGGAUAGAGCUCAUUUCUUCACUGAUCAGAUUCAACAUGGAGACUUCUCCCUUCAUCUGGACAAUCUGAAAGCUGGAGAUGAAGGAAAAUACAUAUGUACAGUUUACAGUCAGCAGAAAUCUGUGUUUUCAGCUUGGACAAAUUUGGAACUGAAAUUACUAGUAAACAUAAAAGAGAAGCUAAGUGUCCAAGCACUUCUGGGUGAGAAGGGUACACUGGUGCACUGUGAUGCAGCUUGCUUUCUUCAUGUUUGCCGGGAAAUUGUUUUUCUUGGCGUCGGCCUGGUUGCUUUCUAUCGGCUCUGUGGACUCACAGGCUUAUUGGGAGCUGGUGCAGACGAGGCUUUAAUGAACAUGGCCUUACAGUACACCUCUUGCCAGCUCUUAUCCCUGAAGUGGAAUUACUAUCUGUCGGGGGACACCUAUGACCGCUGUGACCUGGCUGGAUUACUGCGGCCCAAGCGGUAUAUUCAUCGGAGCACAGGACGAAGCUACAUCUCUUCCUCGUCAUCCUCAAUCCCAGUUUUGAACUGCCGACGAAGGACUACACGACUGUCUUCCUCCGGGGUUGAUCUUACUAACUUUUCUGCUCUGCCGUAUGAGCGGCAUUUCUGUGAUGUGGCGUCUACAAGCCCUUUAAAAGCUGCGUUACUGAACACGCACUCUGUGAACAACAAAGCUCUAUUACUGGCGGAUUUUAUCGUGGACAAGAAGCUGGACUCGUUUUUCAUCACGGAAACAUGGCACAAACAGGACGAUGGUUUUCUUUUUAAUCAGCUGACUCCAGCGGGCUUUGGACUCAUUGACGUUUCACGAACUACAGGGUUACCAGUAGGACGAAAAUUUAAUGAAAUCAUAAUUUAUUAUGUGACUGAAUGUGAUUUAUUGUGUGUUGUCUCUCCAGACACAGUCUUUCGUCUUCAGAUGUUUCUCGUCUUCUGUCCAAAUGUUCUGAUGUUUCUAGCAUUUGUCCUCUGGGGUGUUUCUGAAGGGUCUCUGUUUGAGUCGGUCUCUUGUUGUGCUCUUUAUUUUCUGAGGCCUUUCAUGUUGCUCUGGACGGCUCCAUAUAUUAAUAAAUUCACAGGAAACAAGAAAACAUGGGUACGAGUGUUCAGUUUUAGAGCAGAAUAUAUUGUUUUCUCUGCUGUUUUUUAUUCAGUUCUGUUUAAAUCUGCCCUGGACAAGAGUCUGAAUUACACUGGAUUUGAAGGAGUCAUGAUUAUAGUCCUCUUUGUGAUUGUGAUUCUGUUCACCCUCCUCUAUAUUACUUUCUUGUUGCUGAAAUUCAAUGGUAAAUCAAGUCAGCGGAUGAUGACUAUAUUCAAUGUUCUGGCUAGUAUAAGUUUAGAUGUUCUGCCUUCACUUCAGUUCAUCCUCCUGUUCACCGCAUUUGGAUCUGCCAGAGGAGGAUUCAUCAUUGUUGCAGUUUUACCAGUGUUUACCACAGCGACGAGAUAUGACUGGAAUGCAGUAUGUGGUCAACAGAUGGGCUGUUCACCUGCGCUCAUGAGAUCAGUGUGGUUAACUCUCAUGAUGCUGAUCAAUGCUGUAUUGGUCUAUUUCUAUAUCACAGCUCUGGAAAAUGAAAAGGACCGUGUCGGAUGGGUCUGUGUGAUUGUGUUUCUCCAGACGCUCUGGACACUGGUCAACUUCACACGGUCAUUUAAAUACGUCCUCUGA